AGCGGAUCAUACAAACCGUAUCAAGCCACAAAUACGAGGAUGGGUUUUCCUGAAACAAUUCGACAGAUCCAUUCUAGACCAUCUCGCCAGUAGCGGCCAUUGAUCGCUUGGCUAUGACAUGUUUCCUGGUCGCAUUCCUUGCGUAAUGCGCGUCAAUCAGAACUGCAAAGAAUAUAUUCUCGCCCGGACCAUCCGGCGUGCAUUUUUUCAUAAAUACUUGGCACAUUUAGGCCAUAGCAUUCAUCAUUCUCUUUAACAGUACAACCAUGCUAAGCCAACUUGUGGUCAACCAGGAAGUCCCUGAUGACGACGUUGAUUAUGUCUUUGUCAGUCCACCCACUAGUCUCGACAUUAUAUCUCCGGGUUCAAUGACACCCAAACAUGAGUUUGCAGAGCAGAUGAUUAACCAUCUUUCUGGCUCCUGGCAUAACCCUCCAACGCUUGACAGCAGUACCCAGCACUACGAUCCGGUCUUCAGAGUCACCAGCGUCGGCCACUCUGGGGCUCCUGCAAUAGGAGGCAACUACUUCACGUCUUCCUCAUACACUGGGCCAUACAAUGACAUUCUAUAUCCGAGUCACUUUAUGAUGUCUCCGCCUCCGGCUGCGGAGUCUUCCCAAUUUAUAUCUGCACCGCAACCCACCGACCAGCCGUAUUAUAAUUUAAUUCCACUGCAGCACCAUCCCUCACCUCCACUCCCUCUGAUGCCCUGCGGAUGGCUAUCUGAGGACAAGCCUUGCGGAUUUACAGGGACUCUUGAGGAGUUCAAGGUCCAUGGUAAAACGCGUCACUUUUCUGCGCCAGGGGAUGCCCAUAUUGAAUGUCUGUGGGAUGGUUGCACGUACCAUAAGCGUGGUGACCCUACAGUCCGUGCCAUGCGGCGUGACUGCAUCUGGCGUCAUACUUGUGAGGCCCAUUUGGGGUUGAAGAGGUUGAAGAAAAGGGGUACCUAGGUGUGCACGCCCCUGGGCUUUACAUAUUUAUCUCGGUCUUGCUCAUUGCACUUUGUCACCGCUAGCCAUGUAUUUUCUUGUGCCGUGUUGGAUUCUAAUAUCCGCACUUGCUCUUUGUCUCUCGUUUCAUAGCUUCUUUCCGAGAUCCUUUACGUUUUCUGGUCUACGUUAAAAUGAAGCGCAGUCGCCCGUUCAUGUGACUCUCGAUGGCUUCAAUAUUAUAUCUGCCGGUAUUAGAACAUGGGGGGCAUUUGGUGCCUGCUAGGUACUCGUGCGGUCUACAUUUAAUCUGCAGUUAAAAAUACAGCAAGAGAGGCCUGACAUAGAAAUCAUCCCACGUUGUAAGACUUAUGCAGUCUUCGCCUCACAAAGC